GCAUGUAUUUACCCGCUCAUAUAAAACACACACACACACAAAUUGACGCAUAGUUGGCUGUUAUCUUGAUUUUCCAACGCUUUUGGUGGUGGCUCGUAUUGUGCUCUCCGCACUUUCUCAGCAAAUACGCGGCCGUCACAUCUAAUGUCUACACUUGUCUGUAUUUGUUUAUAGAGAAAGUAUUGAUAAGGCGAAGAGAACGCUCGAAGAAGAAAGAAACUACAAAUAGCUUUUUAUACUAAUUAGUUUUUUGGCCAGAAAGGUGACUGCGAAACAGAAUACAAUUCAUUCAGUUGGUGAUCACACUUUGAAGAGAAUAUACGGAACGCGGCGCACCAACCUCGUAGAUUUGCAAAGUUCGUUCGUUCGAAAUUGUGCUCUUGAAAUUUUAAAAUAGAUAUUGAAUAAUAUACCGAAUUUUCCAUAAAAUGGACAUAUACCAGGUGACGGGUUUGAAGAAACCAGAAAUUGUUGAACACAUCGAAAAAUACGGCGAUUUGGAUGAAUCAACCAAAGAACUGAUACAGGCUGCCGUGGCCGCACAGAAGAACGCCUAUGCACAAUACAGUAACUUCUAUGUUGGCGCUGCUUUUCGUACGAAAGACAACCGCAUCUUUGCAGGUUGUAACAUCGAAAACGCCAGCUUCACGCCCACAUCGUGCGCGGAACGCACGGCCAUCAGCAAAGCCGUUACCGAGGGCUACCUCGAGUUUGUGGCUGGUGCAGUCGUGGCUUAUCAAGAGGAUGCCUUUACAACGCCGUGCGGCGUGUGUCGACAAUUCAUAAUGGAGUUUGCGCCUAACGAUAUACCACUUUUCAUUACGAAAUCGCAAGUCAACGUUGAGAAGUCCAACGAAGAUCUGGUGCUGGCGACAUCCAUUUACAAUCUGCUGCCGCACGGAUUUCGCACGUACAAAAAGAAUUGAUGCAUUACAUAACACAAAGACAAAUAUUUUAAUCAAUAGUUACUGUUUAAUCAUAUCAAACUAUGGACCUCACUUGCACCGUUAUUGCUGACAAUAAUAAUGGUUUAAUGUAUAAGUAAAUUUAAUUAGUAACUGGCAAUAGCGAAUAGCGUAGAUGAAGUGUAAUUUUAUACUAAACGUAAAUACACAAAUACAUAUUUAAUAUUAUUAAUUAAAAUUUACUUAUUUAAUAUUUAA